UUAGAAACAAUGUACGCGUACCAGCUAAUCAUGUCACUCCCUCAAGAUCUACAUGAGAAGACUCGAACUAAACGUGAAGCAACCCAUGUUUGUUCAACUGCGUUUCCUUGUUUUUUAUUUAAUAUAAGCCACCUUUGGGUUACGACUCAUUCAUUUAAUAUAGACUAGUACUUUGAGAUUCGAGUACAGUUGCAACCUAGGAAUUUCAUGAAUGCCAUCCUCUGAUCAUUCCAUUUUCUAGCUGUUCUUUAUCCUUCUCCUCUCUCUCUCUCUCUCUCCGUGACAAUUUGCUGAUAGUCUUUCCGGUGACAUCUCAUAUCUGGGGAUGUCUCCUUCAAGCAGAAGUUGUGGGAAUGUUUGGGGAACUGCGAAUGGCUAUGGUUCCAUUGAGCACGAAGUGUCCAAGAUGGAUACACUGGCCGGAAUCGCCAUCAAGUACGGUGUCGAGGUGGCUGACAUUAAGAGAAUAAACGGGUUGGCCACGGAUUUUCAAAUCUUCGCCUUGAAGACCGUACGGAUACCUUUACCCGGAAGGCAUCCCCCUCCUGCCUCUUUGCCUAAUAGUGCUGCUUCUUCAGGGGACAAAAAUGCUGAAAAAGCAUCAUCAAGUACAGGCCACUACAAUUUGUCAAAGUCCUCUGAGCUAUUUAAAUGUACUAGCUGGAUCCACAACAACCGACUGAAGGGUCAUGAGUUGCCUGCUUCUGGUUCAACUUCAAAGUAUCGAAAGAUGGUCACCGGUUCCUUGGUGGAGAAUUGUUCAACUAUUGAUUACACAUCCAUCUUCGAUGUCAUAGAUAGUGAAGGUGAGGAAUCUAAUACGAAAUCUACUAGGAAUUGUCAAGAAACCGAGGCCGGUUCUCCGAAUGCCACACCAGAGAAGCUGUUGAAAGGAGAAAAUGGUGGCGGAAACAGUAGCUUCUUAGCAACUAGAGGGAAGGCUUUGGUUUUGAGAGCUAAGUCAGCCAGCCGAACAUCACUGGCCACUGAUGCACAGUCAAGCUGGACAAACUCAACUCGAGCGGGAGCGGGAGACGACAUAAUUGUGAAUGAACAUCCUGGACUACAAAAAGCUUCGAGCGCGUCAAGCUUACAAAUUCAAGACACAACCAAUUCCUCAUCAAUUUGGGAAACAUCAAAGUGGAGCUUGAAACCAGACCUCCCACUGUUUUCAGCAGCAUCCCUCACGGGGCCAAUCCUCGAUGGCUUGGCAUUGCCAAUAACGAUUUCAGGAUGGAGGAGUAAAACUGCCCUUGAUUAGGGCGCAUAAAAGUACAUUGAUCGACCUAUUCUUGACCUGUUUGAUAUAUGGUUAUUUCCUGGCUAUAGAUGCUAAAAAAGAGGAUUAUACAAACUAAAGCUCCAAAUUUGGCAAAUUGAAAUGAGCAAAAAUGUUGAUUAAAAAAUAAUAAAUUGAAGAAUUCAUACAAUUGAUAUGUUUCUUG